CGAGAAGUGUAAAGCUGGAAUUCUGUAGCGGAGAGAGAAGGGAUAGGUAAUCUGCAUGCGAAAUUUAAUUGCUUCAUUGUAGCGGCCAGGGGACAACGCAGCGUGAAACGAUAUGGGCUUCUUGAUUCGAACUCCCCCCAUCACAGUUUUGGGCAGUUUUUGACUUCCCCACUCCAACACCAGGCUUUAAAAGAUGCGCCACAAUUUUUGUUCGAGUGCCCAAUUCUGUAGUAGAUAGGUUAGGGCCUCUGUCCUCUCUUUGCUGUCUUCAAGUUUAUGUCACAAAAAUCUCUCUCUAACCUCCCUUGCAAAUGAUUCUCUCAAUAAUUUAUAAUAACAUAGGUGAGAACUCCUCUCUUUUCUGAACAUUUUUUAAUUUUUUUUACGGAAACCAUUUCUUAUCGGUGAUGGUGGAGUCCAGGCUAGCGGUGGAGGAGGUCCUUCCCUUUUUCACGUCGGAGAAUGAUUCAGUCUCAAGCGCAUCAACCUUUUACUAGUGUUGUUAAAUAUUAACAUAGCACUGGCCGUUGAUAAGUCCCUAUAGGCGAUAACCCAUCUAAACCUUGGCCCUGGUAUUAACCCGGUGAUAACCAUCCACCCUUCAAUACUUCCAAUCAAACCAUCUCGGAUCGGACAAUCGCAGGUAUCUCCAUCGCCAUGGAUUCGAUCGAUACGCCGCCCUCCUCGUCGUCCGCCGGCGGUCUGUGCACCCUUCGCUUCCGAGACCGCCGCGGGCCCCCUCACAGCCCAAACAAGAAAAAGAAGCCCGGCAUAUCCUCCGCCCCCAUAUCCACCCACGACCGCCACCGCCGAGAUAGAGGCGGCGACGCUCCCCCCUCGACCCCUCCUCCGCCGCUGGCGAGCUUCUCCGACCUCCCUUUCGACGUGCUAGCUAGGGUGGCGGCCACCUUCGAUGUGCCCAACCUGUGGGCGGCGAGUAUGGCGUGCCGCGCCUGGCGGGAGGCACUUCGGCCGCUGCGGGAGGCCAUGGUCUUGCUUCGCUGGGGAAAACGCUUCCGGCACGGCCAUGGCGGGGUCCGCCCCAACCCGCAACGCGCUCUCGAGUACUUCCUCAAGGGCGCCGCCCUAGGGUCCGCCCCGGCCAUGGUGGACGCCGGAGUCAUGUAUUGGGAAAUGGGAGAGAAAGAGAAAGCCAUGGCUUUCUAUGAGAAAGCUGCCGAGCUCGGGCAUCCAGUCGGUCAAUCCAAUCUUGGCACCUGCUACUUGGAAGCUAAUUGGCCUGAGAAGGCUGUGCAAUGGUUUCGUCAAGCAGCUGAAUCAGGCUAUGCACGUGCACAGUAUAAUUUGGCACUCUGCCUACAUAGAGGCCGGGGAGUUGACUACAAUCUGCAAGAUGCUGCAAAGUGGUAUUUGAAAGCAGCAGAAGGGGGAAACGUACGUGCCAUGUAUAAUACUUCCUUGUGCUACUCUCUCGGUGAAGGAAAGCCACGAAAUAUUCAACGUGCCAGGAUGUGGCUGAAAUGCGCUGCAGACUGUGGUCACAAAAAGGCUCAGUUUGAGCAUGGCCUCGAGCUGUUCAAUUCAGGAAAUAUGAUUAAGGCUCUUGUGUACUUUGAGCUGGCCACACGAGCUGGAGAAACUGCUGCUUCAAAUAUGAGGGACUUGGUACUCCAAAGUCUAUCCCAAACUUCACGUGAUCGUGCCAUGUUAUCUGUUGACAAAUGGCGGCCUUUGCAGUUUCAUCACUAAUAGUAUUUCUGUAAGGUCUGCCUCUUAUAUUAUUGAAAACUUUAAGGCAGAACUGUCGGCUUAUUCUCACUUAACACCCUUUUAACAAUCUCAGAUGUUACCUUAGAUAUAAAUGACAGAAAGAAGAGCAAAAUGCUUGUACACAGUAUGAGGGUUGAUUGGAUUGAGGCAUGCCCUAUCCAUGGAUGAACCUCUAACUGGCGGAGGGUGAGGCGGUAAUUGUUAUUGGGGGCUUCCCUAAUCACACAAAUUUAAAAAAAUGUUAAGAUGCCAAAAUAUCUUCUUUUUUGCCUGCGUUUCUAUCUUUUUUCUGCAAUCACCUUCUUUCCUGAUCAGAGCACCUCUUUCUCACUUGGCUGCUACACAUCUCUCCUUCAGGCCAUGAGGGCAGUUUAUCCCAUGGACAGGGCAUGCAGGCAUCUAAAAACAGGAAAGUGAAUUCAUGGUUAUUCCUGUUGAGGUUAUUUUUCCCAUAUUUCACAUGGAGUUCAGUUUUGUAUAUUUUGUUUAAGCCACUUUCUCAGUUUGCUAUUUACUGUAUAGUAAUUGAUAUUUGAAAUAGGUGUUUUUUUUU